UCUCUCUCUCUCUCUCUCUCUCUCUCUCUCUCUCUCUCUCUCUCUGUUAAGAUCAGUUCCCCGUCUUGUUUGUGUGUAACUCAGCUGAUUUGGCUGAUCGUCACACACUUACAAAAAUGUGCCAUGGAUUUACUGCAGUAACAAUAACUGCACUGUAUGGUAGUUUCUUUCUAAAUGCAUUUAGACUGCUGUUUUUCCAUUACAAAGAUGCCAUAGUUCUUUAUAUAGUAACCAUAGUUACUAACAUGGUAGUGUGGAGCCAUGCAUGGUUUUAACUGUUACCAUGAACUAUUACAAAUAUCAUUGUUAAAACUAUGGAUACUAUGAUUGUUAGAUGCAUCUGAAUUACACAGAUAAGUUGGAGGUUGGGUCACCGCUCUCGUUACACAAGAACAGGAAGUGGGGCUUAUGUCUGAAGGUGUACAAUGAAACUUUUGUAUCUCUCUAUCGCUGUUUUUGUGGCUUUUUUGAAAAUGACUUCACGCAGCCUCUUUUUGAGCUUUGUCUUGCUAAGUAACUUGUAUCUUCUGGGUGCAUAUGCACUUGUAUGUAUGUGUUUGCAUAUAUCAUCUCCUCACCUCUAGAUGCUCUUACUGUACAGCACUGUUGUCCACAGUACACAGAUUGCCUGAGAGUAGAAGUGUCUGCCUUUAUACUGGCUUCAGCUAUAACCACUCACUCCAAAUCAUACUCCUUUUGAACCCCUAGAAACCAUUUGGUUGAAAAACACAGAACAUUUUGGGAUAUCUACAGGUAUUUGGUAUUGCUUAAAGGUAAUGUGUGAAAUUUCUACAUUUGUUUUUGCUCAAGGAUUUAGAUUUGUGCUUUCGAAGGAGUUUCUGUUUUCCACAUGAAAUUGUAUACCAAUACUUUUGAGAAGUAGCAGUUCUGUCUCUGGUUUAAGUUUUGGGGUCCGGUGAUUACAAACCAUUGACGUUGAAGCAUCUGUUAACACACUUAAAUAAAGUAUGGUGUCACCAGUACCGUGAUCAGAUGGUAAUGCUAUGACAUUUUUACAUAGAGUGAGUUCUCUAAAUUCAAACUUUAACAUAGUAUAUUAUUGAGAUAUUUGUGUACCAUGGUAUUUACAAGUUGCUUAAAUGAUACCAUUGUACUACCAUGGUACAUUUCCAAGUUUUUGAUUGUAUUUGUUUUUUAUUUUAUUUGCGUGAACAGGCUGUGUGCAUAUUAACUGUACAUUUCUUUGCAAACAUGCUGUUGUUAGUGAAUAUGAAACCUUGGAGUCUGUUAAAAACUAAACAAAAAUGGAUCAAAGCAGAUGUUGGCAGUCAUGCUUGCGUACUAAAUCACGAUAGGCGCCAUGAGUAAACUGUGUUUUGAGGGGGACAGACUAGUCAGAGUACAGGAGGGAUUGACUGUGAUUGGCUUACACUGGUCACAUGGUCAGGCAGUUUGAGUGGAUCAGGCAGGGAGAAGUUCACUCACUGGUGGGUGUUUCACAUGGAAUAACUGCACAGCUGCAGAGGGAAGUGCCGACUCGCCGGGAUAGCCCAAAAUGGAUAUGGCUAACCUAUUCAAACAAAUCUUCCGGAUUGGCAAGGUAAAACGGAAAACAGGCAUGCGUGAAUCAGCCUCUAACUCGGACACAGACUUCUAUCCGGACAACAGCGAGCGUCUGUACGACCUGAACCUUCCUGCCCUUGUAAAAUUCAGCUACACAGCCGAGCGAGAAGAUGAGUUGUCGCUGGUUAAGGGCACGAGGGUCAUAGUUAUGGAGAAGUGUAGUGAUGGCUGGUGGAGGGGGAGCUACAAUGGUCGUUCAGGAUGGUUCCCGUCCAACUAUGUGAUGGAGGAUGCUGAUGGAUCGGCAAGCAAUGACUCUGCUGGUCUGUCAGAGAAAUUAGCUGCUGUUGUUCAUAGCGCAAAUGGCAAUCGAGUCCUGCACACAGUACAGGCACUCUACCCGUUCAGCUCAGGCAAUGAUGAAGAGCUUAAUUUCGAGAAGGGGGAGGUAAUGGAUGUUGUAGAGAAGCCAGAAAAUGAUCCAGAGUGGUGGAAGUGUCGCAAAGCCGAUGGGCAGAUGGGACUCGUGCCGAAGAACUACGUCACUGUUCUGCAGGAAUCACACAACUCGGCUAGCAUGGCCGGGCCGCCCACACCUGACUGUGACUACAUUGUGCCUUCAUCCAGUGGACGUUUCGCAGGCAAGCAGUGGUACUAUGGGAAGGUGACGCGUCAUCAGGCAGAGGUGGCACUCAACCAGAGGGGCACAGAGGGAGACUUUCUUAUACGGGACAGUGAGUCCUCACCCAAUGACUUUUCAAUAUCGCUGAAAGCUCAGUCCAAAAACAAGCAUUUCAAAGUCCAGCUGAAGGACACCAUGUACUGCAUUGGACAGCGCAAGUUCAACUCAAUGGAAGAGCUGGUGGAACACUACAAAAAGGCGCCCAUCUUCACCAGUGAACAGGGUGACAAACUCUACCUGAUCAAGGCUCUUGCUGCCUCCUGAUUCCAGUCGGAAAUCUACGCAGUUAACAAGGAAUAUACAUCUGAAUGAACGGACAGACUGAGAAAAUUAAGCAUUCCAUGAAAGGGAGGUACAGGGAAAGACAGACAAUGGACUCCUGUUUAUUCGCACAGAAACUCGCUCUGAUUUCAUUGAGGGACACACCCAAUGUGUUUAGAUCACAGGUGUUGCAAUGUAUUUUGAUGUCAACAUGUGUUAGAAUUACAACUAGGUCUUCUUUUGUUAAUAUAUCAUUGGUUAUUUCAAAAAUGUAUUGUUCAGUUUCUUGAACUUUUUUUUUUAACUGUUCUUGUAGUUUCUGCUGUUCAAAUCCAGACAGCUAAGGAACUUCAUUCAACAUGUUUCAAAGGUCUUGCAUAUUGUCUGUUUUCUGCCUGCAUUGCUUGAACUACGCAAAAUUUAUAUUGAUUCUACCUAUUAUAUUUAUUAGGAAUCAAUAUUUCUGCAAAAUGCUCAAACAAUAAAACUGAGUAACCAAAACGUACUUAUUAACAAGGACUUUUACCAAUAUUCAGAAUUCCCAUUGAGAGAUUGGGCUAUCAUUUUGGGAUGCAUCUUCAACUGUAAUCGAAAUAGGAAGUGACCGCAUGUUUCCAAUUAAUUCAAGCUUGAUUUAAGCCCUUAGAUGCUUCAGUUAUUGCAAAGUAGUCUAUACGAGGGUGACCUGUAUAUACUAUUAAAUAACAUAAGUUCUCCUUCCCAAACAAUUGAGAUUGUUGCAAAACGUUGCGGUUUGCUACCAUUGUCACAAAGCCUUGUCAAUGUGUCAUAAUUCUGUUAUCACACAUCUUGGAAACUGUUGUCAGAAUUCAUACUAUGCCAUUUAAUAUUAUGUUUCCCUUUUUGGAAGGUCUUAGCUUUGAUUGCUGUCUCCUACUAGAUAAUUAUUUGAAUGAAUGCAGAAGUUUGCGCAAGGUUGCAGAUCAUUCAAGCCUGAAUUGCGAUGCUAUUGCUAAAGAUUCCAGAUAGACCUCACUGGUGCACAUCACAGGUCUUUUAUGAUUCAGUAUUUUACCAAUAGAAUGGUAUUUUCUGUUCAAGGCUACAAUCCAUUUGCCAUAACAAGAGGUCUUUGUGUUGUUUUAGUUGUCAGUGGUUUGAAGCUUUAUCUGGUAUGUUCCUUUGUUUUGAAGGGCACUCAUUUGGUUGACAAUAGCUCAUGUUUGCAGAUGCAAAGAUUCAUAUUGAAGCUCUGAGGGUAAAUUAAAUUCCAUUAUACAUAAUUUGAUUUGCUUUUGGUCAGCGUGAAAGCAUUGUGAGCUCGGGGUUCAAGGAACAACCUGCUUCGCCUGGCAAUCAAGGUCAGCCGCACUGCUUCAGGUUAAUAAACUGCUGAGAGUGUUGAGAGAUGUUCCAAUUGUAUGUAAAACCAGGAAGAUAAGGAUGUUUGUGGAGGAUCAAGCAUGAGAAAGGAUGCCUCCCUGGGCACGUUUCUGUUUUAACUUGGAACAACAUUGAAGUUCCUUUGUCAAGACUCGAGGAGGGUGAUCUGGGCUGUCCUCCAGGGGACCAUCACAAUGACAAUGAUUACUUCCCCAGAUGCUUGGAGCCAUACUUGGAGCGAGAGUUGAGGAAAGGGGAUUUUUUGGGGAGUGUAUGGAAAAAUUGCUGAAGCAUACAGACUUUGGUGCUGCGAAUAUUAAGGUUAGUGUAGAAAUAUGAGAUUACUGUCAAUAAUGUGAAACUCGAUGCACAGAAACAAAGUAGGUUUUGUUGUUUAGGACAGAGGCUCUCGACUGGUUUUGCUUCAGGACCCAGAUUUUCACCUUGGAAAGCAUUGGCGACCCAACACUGUAACAAACGUAACCCAUAUUUAAUGUAUUCAAAGUCUUACGUAGUUUAGAUUUGUUUUUGUUUUGUUUUUUGGGUCCCAAUCCAAAAGUUGAGAACCACUUGUUUAGGAUGGGGACUUCUGACAUAGUCUUACCAUGUAGCUUGUGCUUAAUGUGCCUUCAUCUGUUGCUGGAACCAAAGCAUUGGUGUACGCUAUUCAAAGUUACACACAUUAUUUGAGCAUCAUUUGCAUGUUCGCAAUGCAUCCCUGAUUUGUGGCUGAUGUGAGUGGACUAUGACUUGAUCAAGCAAAUUUCCAGUUGGGUAACAGAUAGUUUUUUUUAAACCUAUUGUUGAUUUAUUUUAUUAAAGUGACCUUACCGUAUAGACCUUGGUCAGGGUAUACAGCAUUAACUUUGUCACAUAUGGAAACAAUGUUGUGAUGGAUAGAAGUACUGCUCAUUUAGGGGGUUGAACUGUUGUCCAGUGAGCACGUUUUCAAGUACAGCAAUAUGCUGCUAGAUAAAAUCAACUUAUUCAUGAAAGCCAACAAUGUAAGGAACCUGUAUGAGGUUUGAAAUUUGAAAGUUUAAGAUUUUUUUUAUAAUUAUAUAUUUUUUUGGUUGAACCGUUUUUAACAAAAUAUCUGAUAAGGGAAACCAUUAAAGGUGUUUACAUGACCUUACAUGUUGUCAGCUGAAGUAUAAUUUAUGGAAGAAUGUGCAUGUAAACAUGCUUAUUGAAAAUGCACCAAUGUAAAGAAUUUCCACUGGACUAGUGAACCUAUUAAACAGACUGUAAUCCUGUCCCUCACAGCCUUGUUUUCAUUAGCAUCAAAUCAAAUAUGCCAUCUCUAAACUGACUAGAGUCAAUAGCCCCAGCAAACAUUAGCAUCCGCAGUGGAUUCAGUUGGAGUAUACCUGUAUUGUAGACAGAUAAAUUUUUUACCAUAAGAUGGUUAUGAGUCAAUCGUAGACACUUAACCAACCAACAAGGUUUUUUGUUUGUGUGGAUAUGACCAAAUAGCUUUGCUGACCUUUCUUUUAGGAACAUUACCAAAUGACAGCCUUCGAGUGUUAAUAAUAGGUUUUGAAUGCUUGUGUAGACUGAAAUCCUAAUUUGUGUCAAGAUUGUCCAUCUUUGCAUCUAAUGCAACCAUUAAAGUUGCCACGCUAGGUGUGUUUUAAGUGCAAGGACCAUUGAGUAAUGGUUUUUUGUCUUGUGAUGUACACAUUUUUGUCUAAUUCUUGGUUAAAAUCUUGAAUUUUGAAUCAAAUUAACCUGAAACUUGGAAUAUUGGAAAGUAGUGCUUAGUAAUUCCACCACUGUUUGUAUUGUCAGUUUAAGAUAAAAAAAAAAAAAAAAAAGGAGUAAUUCAAGAUAGCAAUGCUAUGUUUCCUGUGGGUUGUAUUUGGUGGUUUCAUUUUGAUACACAAUACAUGAUUCUGACUGGAUUUUCCUAUGAGAGCUGCCUUAGUGGAUUCACAAGGCUGAAUGGACUGGGUUGCAUCCCUGACCUUGUUUGUUUAACCUAAUUUUGUCUGGACUAUGAGUGAACUGAGUUUCAGCAGAUCUGGGCCUUGAGGUGCUGUGAAAAUGACUAGGUAUAUGCUCACUGUCUCCAGUCUUGAUGAAGAUGUAACAGGAGUUUGACAUUUCAAAGAAAGAAAUAAACUACAUAAAUCAAUGUUGAUCUCUUAUGUGUUAUCCAGUGCAAAAUGACAUUUUCAGAGGUUAUAUUGAUAUAAAGGCUUUAUAAUACGAGGAGGAAAUGUCACAUUUGAAAUAAAAGUUCACCUGAAUAAACGUGGAUGUUGGGUUCCACUGCCUGAAAUGGAAAUAUUGCUGGCAAUAAGAGAUGACCAAAUGUGAAUUCUAAUCAGUGAACACUAGGGAUGCACUGAUCCAAUUCUGACGUUUUUAAGCGGAUGGGGUAUCGGUCCGACGACCCCAAUCCAAAUCCGAUACAGUGUAUUAGUUAUGUUCGUUACUGUCAAGCUCAAAAAAUUACAUAAAAGAACCAUUAAAACACAAAGUUAUUCAUAUAUCUCUGAAAUUUUAUUCAAAGCCACUUGAAGAUGUGUGAUAGCUCUGUGAAUCACAAAAAGCUGCUUUAUAAUAUAUUAAAUGCCCGCUCUGUUUACACAUUUUAGCCUUUCCACGGUGCACAACAUCUCAGAUGUAGAUGCUCAAUAGUUUGGUUCACUUAUAUGCAUUUAGAACGACGCCGAAGGUGUAUUUUUACCAGAAUUUUAAUAAGCAGCGAAUUAAACUACUAUGAACUUUCCUACAAACAGAUACCUACAGGACUUCCUGGAGAGUUCAGAAUGUCAAAAUAAAAGCAUGAGGGUUUAAAAGUUAAAGGUGUCACAGAGGCAGAGAUAUGAACUCAGUGGCAGGGUUUAUAGAACAGAUGAUUGAAACCGUGAUGUAAACAUUGUGAGUAAAUCCAGUUGAGCAGAGUGGCAAACAGCAGGUGAGUAAUAAUACCCAGACAGCGUAUAGACACGAUGAACUGAUAACUCACGACAGUCUUAAGAUACUUGCAGGCAAUAAUGACGACACCUGUAUGUUUGACAUAGUAUCUCUGCGACUCCAGACCUUUCUACUAUCAAUGAGAACAGACAAGAGAGUGUGUGUGUGUGUGUGUGUGUGUGUGUGUAUACAUAUAUGCAGUCCUUGGUUAGCCACUAAUGAUAUGCAGGUGCAUGUAAUCAGAACUCAGGGGAGAGUGUGUGCUGGAUCCGUGACAAAAGGUGCAUGAUUGAGAUGUAUUACUAUAUAUAACUAAAUAAUAUAUUAAUAUUACUAUCAUUUGUUUACAAAUGAUAAUGAUAUUUAAGUUGAAUGGGUUCCAAAAAAUAACUGUGAAUGAAAUGUGAGCUGAUAUCUUACAACUAAAUUGAACAAAAAAGAGAUCUGAAUCCUUUAAUGUUCAUAUACAAGUUGAAAACAUUUAGCAAAAAAAUAAAAUGGCUGCUUUUCUACUGAUGACUUAUACUGGAAUUACUGUUAAUAUUGCUGCUACAUUAUCCAGUAAUAAAGUGUUUCUUAAUAAGCUAUACAUUUAUUUUGAAAUAAUGUGUAGUUAGAGGUUUGUGUUUCUUUACAUAUUAAAGAGUACACCCAAUUAGUUCCACAUGAUAAUGUAAAGAUAUUCUAAAAUGAUUAUGCAAAAAAACAACAAUGUAUCGGAUCGGCUGAUACUGAGAUUUCAGAUAUCGGAAUUGGAUCGGAAGAGAAAAAGUGGUAUCAGUGCAUCCCUACUAAAUAUGUGAUUUGCAUGUCAGUCAAGACAUUAAACACAAAAAGUAGUCGAUAAUCACACUAAAAGUGUUUGUAGGGGUACAGUGUGGGGUUAUUUUUGUUUCAUGUUAAACAUACAAAUGGAAAGUGGUUCACAAAAAUGAAAUUAAUUCAAAAAUAAAUAAUAUGAGAUUUGCAAAAAAUAUAUAUAUUUUCACUCAAACACAACUCUGACCAGAUUAUUGGCAUAGCAGAUUUUGUGCACCCUUUGAUAUAGGGUGUUAAUGUAUGGUUUGUGCUCCUAAGAUCAACUAAUAUGAUGUUAACAUGUUUCAUAAAGACAUGUACUACUGAUCUUUUGUAGUGUCUAGUAGUGUGUCUGUUUGGAUCUGCCAUGUAACAUUAGGAGUAAAGGUUUUGACGACGUUUCAGUUAAAAAACUUGUUUAAAAUUAAAAUUGAAGACUCGUACAGCUGUCAACAUUUAACAAGACACUACAUGUUUAUAAUGGAGAGAAAUUGAUAUGAACCUUAGGUCACAGUAUUCCUCUUCUUUAAACGUUUGUGGCCUUGGAGCGUAUCUGUAUGUGCUUGAUUCCAUGCUCAUUAGAGCUCUGUGAAUGUUCCUGCCCUGAUUGUAAAACGAAGCAUGAUUGGUUGAAAAUAAACAUGCUACAAUUGGUCCGAGUAAUGUGGCUGUUAUCUGAUUGGCUGAUUGGAGUAGAUGAUGGGUGGAGUCUAUCUGUUUGUAGAUUUGUGUGCAAAUCUUGACCCUAAAGUUGUUUGAAAAUCGACAAAUGCUUGUAACGAUCCGCAAAUGCACAUGAAGCGAGCAACAAAUAAAUGUGUGCGAUUC